AUGGUUGAUCAAAGUAAAUUUCAGCCAACAUUGGGGGAGAAGGAAGUGGAGAGUGUGGUGGACAUCUGGGAGAGAACCUGCACCAAGAACCAGAAGGCCCAGCAGAAGAACUACAACCCGAAGACCAUGUCUUUGACCUAUGCCGUUUCAACAAUAGGCAUCUACAAACAUGAGAAUUGCAUUGUGGUCUGGGGUGCGCCGGUGUUGAGUCCAACUUCUCCAGCCUACAGUCAAGAUGUGGAAGACGUGAUAUAUGAGCAGGAAAAUCCAGAUUCCAGUGAACCAGUAGUAGUAGAUGAUGCUGAAAGAACGUACCAAGAAACAGAUGAUGUCACCUACCGAGACUAUGAUGAACAAGGUUUGAAAAUGCUUCUUAACCCGGACACGAGGGGAGAUGGUGGCAGAGACAAGAGCCUAAGCAGUGGAGCAGAGAGAGUGUAUGAACCAUUGCAAAAUGAAGGGACAGAAAGUUCAGAUAAUGCUGUAGACAAUUCAAACACAAUUUUAGAAGAACUGCACAUGCCUCCUGCAGAGGAACAGCAAGAAGUACCACCAGAAACAAAUAAGAAAGCAGAUGAGCCAGAAAAAAAAGGAAAAGUGAAGAAAAAGAAGCCUAAACUAUUAAAUAAAUUUGAUAAGACUAUUAAAGCUGAGCUUGAUGCUGCAGAAAAACUCCGUAAAAGGGGAAAAAUUGAGGAAGCAGUGAAUGCAUUUGAAGAACUGGUUCGCAAGUACCCUCAGAGUCCAGGAGCUCGGUAUGGGAAAGCACAGUGUGAAGACGAUUUGGCUGAGAAGAGAAGGAGCAAUGAGAUCCUGCGCAGGGCCAUUGAGACCUACCAGGAGGCGGCCAGCCUGCCUGAUGCCCCCACAGACCUGGUGAAGCUGAGCCUGAAGCGGAGGUCAGACAGACAGCAGUUUCUAGGUCACAUGAGAGGAUCCUUGCUUACUCUUCAGAAAUUAGUUCAACUAUUUCCUGAUGAUACUUCCUUAAAGAAUGACCUUGGAGUUGGAUACCUCUUGAUAGGAGACAAUGACAGUGCCAAGAAGGUCUAUGAAGAGGUUCUGAGCGUGACACCUAAUGACGGUUUUGCUAAAGUGCAUUAUGGCUUUAUCCUGAAGGCACAGAACAAGAUUGCUGAGAGCAUCCCCUAUCUAAAGGACGGAAUAGAAUCUGGGGAUCCUGGUACUGAUGAUGGGAGAUUUUAUUUUCACCUGGGGGAUGCCAUGCAGAGAGUUGGAAACAAAGAGUCCUUAGAAAGAAACUGGAAGUUAAUCCGAGAUGAAGGCCUUGCAGCGAUGGAUAAAACCCAGGGCCUCUUCCUGCCUGAAGAUGAGAACCUGAGGGAGAAGGGUGACUGGAGUCAGUUUACGCUGUGGCAGCAAGGAAGAAAAAAUGAAAAUGCCUGUAAAGGAGCUCCUAAGACCUGUUCUUUACUAGAUAAAUUCCCUGAGACAACAGGAUGCCGAAGAGGACAGGUACCAAGAAUGUUUUCAGUUCUGGGGAGGACACAAUCAGUUAUUAGGGGAAUAAAUGGAAAUACUGAUGUUUACGAAGAAACGCUGCAGAAAUGGGGACUUCUGCCCCUCACAUUCCCAGGACUGCGACCAAGUCUCCUGGAAUCGUUGAAGGUGGUCCUUGUAACCUGCAGCAUGCACUCUGAUGGGGCUGGUGGUGGGGGCCCCGAGGAGCUUGGAAGUGGGUGGGGAGAUGGAAGUCAGUGGAGGAUGUGGGGGCCAGGGCUGGUGAAGGGAUGGACGUGGGAAGAAGGCAAGGUGCUCAUCUUUGAUGACUCCUUUGAACACGAGGUGUGGCAGGAUGCCACGUCUUUCCGGCUCAUCUUCAUUGUGGAUGUGUGGCACCCCGAGCUGACACCCCAUCAGAGACGCAGCCUUCCUGCCAUUUAG